AUGGCUGACAGAAUUCGGUUCCAGAAGGAGCGAUCAAACCAACCAGAGCCCAGCUGUGUGUCCAUGAAGAGUGACGAAUCUAUGGAUAUACCAUUAAAAUUUGCUGGAAGACACACAUCAACUGAUCCAAGUCGGUUCCAGAAGGAGCGAUCAAACCAACCAGAGCCCAGCUGUGUGUCCAUGAAGAGUGACGAAUCUAUGGAUAUACCAUUAAAAUUUGCUGGAAGACACACAUCAACUGAUCCGAGGAGAUUGCAGAGGGAGCUAACAAACCAACCGGAGCCCAGCUGUGUGUCCAUGAAGAGUGACGAAUCUAUGGAUAUACCAUUAAAAUUUGCUGGAAGACACACAUCAACUGAUCCAAGUCGAUUCCAGAAAGAGCGAUCAAACCAACCAGAGCCCAGCUGUGUGUCCAUGAAGAGUGACGAAUCUAUGGAUAUACCAUUAAAAUUUGCUGGAAGACACACAUCAACUGAUCCGAGUCAAUUUCAGAGAGAGCGAUCAAAUCCACUGGAGCCCAGCUGUGUGUCCAUGAAGAGUGAUGAAUCUAUGGAUAUACCAUUAAAAUUUGCUGGAAGACACACAUCAUCUGAUCCGAGGGAGAAAUCAAGCCCACAAGUGCAGAGAUGUAAGUUCAUGGAAGGAGACCGGUCUAUGGCAGUGCUUGUAACAAAUAAGGGAGAAUCUAUUCUGAGAUUCAAAUCAAAUCUGCUAAAGAAGUUUCACUGUCUGUAUGAAGGAAUGGCAAAGCAGGGAAACCCAACACUCCUGAAUGAGAUCUACACAGAGCUCUACAUCGCAGAGAGUGAAAGUGGAGAGAUCAGUAAUGAGCAUGAGGUGAGACAGAUUGAGACACAAUCCAGGAGAGCAGCAACAAAAGACACACCAAUCAAAUGCAGAGACAUCUUUAGACCUUUACCUGGACAAGACAAAGCCAACAGAACUGUGCUGACAAAGGGAGUCGCUGGCAUUGGAAAAACAGUCUCUGUGCAGAAGUUCAUUGUGGACUGGGCUGAAGAGAAAGAGAACCAGGAUAUCCAGCUCAUAUUUCCACUUCCUUUCAGAGAGCUCAACUUGAUGAAGAACAAAACACUCAGUCUUUCAGAUCUUCUUCAUAUCUUUUUCCCUGAAACAAAACAAAUAUCCAGUGGUGAAUAUAAAGUGUUGUUCAUCUUUGAUGGUCUGGACGAGUGUCGUCUGUCUCUGGAUUUUCAGAGCAAUGUGAGGUUGUGUGAUGUGAGUGAAUCGGUCUCAGUGGACGUGCUGCUGACGAACCUCAUUAUGGGGAAUCUGCUUCCCUCUGCUCUCAUCUGGAUCACCUCCAGACCAGCAGCAGCUGAUCUCAUUCCCUCUGAGUGUGUCCAUCGAGUGACAGAGGUACGAGGCUUCAAUGAUCCACAGAAGGAGGAAUACUUCAGGAAGAGAAUCAGUGAUCAGAGUCUGGCCGAUAGAAUCAUCUCACACCUGAAGUCAUCAAGGAGCCUCCACAUCAUGUGCCACAUCCCAGUGUUCUGCUGGAUCUCAGCUGCUGUUCUAGAGAAGAUGUUGAGUGAAGCAGAGACUGGAGAGAUUCCCAAGACUCUCACUCAAAUGUACACACACUUCUUGAUCAUUCAGACCAACAUCAGACAUGAGAAGGACUAUGAGAAGAAAGUUAAAGAUGAAGACAUGAUUCUCAAACUGGGGAAACUGGCUUUUCAGCAGCUUGUAAAAGGCAACCUGAUCUUCUAUGAGGAAGACCUGAUUGAGUGUGGCAUUGAUGAGACAGAAGCAUCAGUGUACUCAGGAUUGUGCACUCAGGUCUUCAGAGAGGAGUUUGGCUUGAAUGAGUGGAAAGUCUUCGGUUUUGUUCAUCUCAGCAUCCAGGAACAUCUAGCAGCUCUAUAUGCACACCGCUCCUUUAUAAAUGACAACAUCAGUGUCUUUGACCAAACAAAAAAAAGUCUGUUGUCUAAUGUUUUAAAUGAGAAGAAAUGUAAUUUAAUAUCUGAGCUGCAUCAGAGAGCUGUGAAUAAUGCCUUAAAGAGUAAGAAUGGGCAUCUGGAUCUUUUCCUGCGUUUUCUUCUGGGUCUAUCAUUGGAGUCCAAUCAGACUCUCUUACGAGAACUACUGACACAGACAAGAAGCUGCUCCUACAACAAAGAGGAAACAGUUCAGUACAUCAAACAUAAGAUCAGGCACAAUCGCUCUCCAGAGAGAUCCAUCAAUCUGUUCCACUGUCUGAGUGAAUUGGGUGAUCUUUCACUGAUGCAGGAGAUCCAACAUUAUCUGAAAUCUGGAAAAAUAGGAGAAACCAAACUCUCCUCUUCACAGUGGUCAGCUCUGGUUUAUGUGUUGCUGACAUCAGAGCAGGAGAUGGAUGUUUUUAAACUAAAACAUUUUAUUGGAGCCCAAAAUACAGCAGAUGAAGUUCUUCUGAAGCUGCUGCCUGUGGUUAAAGAAUCCAGAUUUGCUUACUUGAGUUAUUGUGGAGUCACAGAUGAAGGUUGUGCUGCUUUGGCUUCAGCUCUGAGAUCAAACCCCUCACACCUGAGAUCUGUGGAUCUAACUGGAAACAAUCUAGGAGCAUCUGGAGUGAAUCUGCUCUCUGAUGGACUGAAGGAUCCUCACUGUAAACUGGAGAAUCUGUGGUUGAGUGAUUGUGGAGUCACAGGUGAAGGUUGUGCUGCUCUGACUUCAGCUCUGAGAUCAAUCCUCCUGUUCUUGACUGAGCUCCAUGAAGACUGA